AUGGCUACAAAUACAAGCCCUUCCAUCAAACUUCGCUUUGUCAAUAAUAAUGAAAUCCGUACCCUCAAUGCAGAACACGCAGCUAAACAUCGACGCUGCUUAUUCUCUGACGCAGAACGUCGACAAAUGAGCGACGAGCUCAUCGAUGCAGUCGUCGCCCAGGACCAAGAUCCGGGUCAGGUUAUGUUGGAUCUGGAGCAGGAUUGUCUGGAGACGUAUCCAAAGGAGUCACAGUCAUUUUCAGUGUUUCGGGGGCCAUUUGGUGUUGCUAGGUGGUUGGGAUCGGUAGAGGAAGCUCACGAUGAGGAUAGUGAACUGAUUGGUUUCGAUGGUAUCGGCGAUGCUGGUGAUGUUGAGCCAGACGAGGACUUAACACGAUGGCUUCUGGAGACAAGCCCCGAGAAUAAUAUUGGGAACGAUGAAGAUAUAUUUGCGGAUUUGUUGCAAGUUUCUUCUAUCCCACAGACAAGCCCACCAAGAGCGAAUGAAUUCUUCAGAGACAUCGAUUUGAACACGUCCAUAUCACUGGACAACCAUCGCAUAACGUUCUCAAUUAACGAGGAUCCAAAAGCUUGGUUACUCCUUUCAUAUUACCGUGACCGAAUAAUCCGUCUUAUUUCCCUCCGCCAGCAACAACAUCCGCAACAUGACGAGGUAAAUGAUCCAUGGAGCAGUUUAGUCAUGCCGUGCGCCAUGACAACAAUGGCGGAGCUGACAAUUGGAGGAUCGGCGAGUCAUGCGCGUCUGGGGCUUUUAAAUGCUCUUCUAGCUACCAGCGCCUUUCAUCUUCAGAACUCGUCGACCGGCUUAACGGCUGAUGAGUGGAUGGUGGCUGGGGAGGAGUAUACAAAAAGAGCGCGGGGGCAUCUUGAGGCUUGUCUUGAAACGGGCAAGAGUAAAUGCAAGUAUAAGGAAGUUUUAAUGCGAUUCAUCCGCGCAAAUGGUUUUAAUAAACCGACUCUUUCCCGGAAACGCCGCACCUUGCACCACUGCUAUGCUUACAUGCGCAUCAUGGCCGAAACAACCAGGUCCAGCAGCUAUAUUUCUAGCACAACUUCCCCGGGUACGGACAAGGGGAGUGAAGUUGACAACGACCAAUUUCGCGUAUCCCGGUGGACGACCCUUUCAGAGAACUUAAUGGGCAGUGAGAAAGACCCCGACACAGCCAGACGCGAUCUUCACCUCGAGGUUCCUGGGAACUGGACAUCAACGCUUUUCCCGGAAUUGUACGGUAUUGCGGAGUCGUUUCUAUUGCUGCUGUCGCAAGUAAUCCGACUCGCGAACGAGCGGGACUUAGCCAUGGAUCAGGAUGGAAAUCUCAGUUUGAAAGAGUUUACACACCGAGCUAAGUCAUUGGAGAAGAGUAUCUACCGACUUAUUUCUUCGUCUGCGUGCGGAUCUGUAUCUUCGCCAUCUUCGUCGUCCACAUCCACAUCGACGGCGGAUGACAACGCCAUGCAGGCUACGUAUACUGCACUACUCAUCUUUUUUUACCGCCGCAUACACAACGUCGAUUUCAUACUUCUUCAGCGUGAAGUCCUCACCGUCCAAGAUUACUUGAUGCAGAUCGAGCAAGCCCAAGACAGCGCCGGAGGAAAUAGACGGACGGUGUCUCUUAUGUGGCCUGCAUUUGUGGCAGCUUGUGAGGCGCUUUUACCUGAAACGCAAAGAUACUUUGCAGAGUGGUUUGAGGGGUUGCUUGCGAAGACGGGGCUUGUGUCUGUUUCUUUGGCGAAGGGGGUGUGUGAGUUUAUUUGGGCGAGACUGAGGGAAGAGGAUCAUGAGGAUGGGUUGAGUUGGCCGGAGGUGUUACAGAAUAGGGGGGUUAAGGUGCUGUGUAUAUAGUUGAGUGUUUUCUAGAGAGACACAUUUAUGCCAAGGUUUUAUGCCUGUUGGCGUGUGGCAAAUACGAG